CUACAGCCAGGCGGCAGUUCUAUGGCUUAGCUGCCUCGUCGUCGUGGGUUUUCGUUGUCGUACCUGUCGGACGGUUGAUUUUGUUCGAUUAUGGAAGAAGCUUCUUCUUGUUCUGGUGCAUUGGAAGUGUUUUAAAGGAUUUUCGGGAAGCGUUCCGGUGUUUCUAAACGGUAAUGAUUUAAACGUGAUUCGAGCGAAUUAAGUUUAAGUAAGAAGAUCGUCGGUUUGAUUCGAUAAUGGUAGCUUCCAGUCUGUCAGUGUGGGAUCAAAGCAAGCUGAAGAAAAAAAAACCCAGUGGUAACUUGAUUGAGUGAUCGACGCCGUUGCUGGUGGUAAGUAACUGUGUGUAUUCUAAAUUUGGUGUUACCGUGGCAACCGUGUUCGGACAACUUUGGCUGCUAGCGCACAGCCCUCUGUGAUGGGGUGAUGUCGUUUUUUAUCACCCAAUCCAAUCCAGAUUGUGAGAUGUGUCGUUUCGUGUAGUUGCAAAAACAACGGAACGUGAUCUUAAGUAAUAACAGCAAAAUAACAGAAGAAAAAAAAACCAAGAAACCCAAAACCAGAACUGAGUUAGCAGCAGUGAGCAACAGUAACAGCUUGAUCUUGCCAGGCCUUCUUUGGACCCCGCUGUGGUUCGCUUUUGGCUGGUAGAGGUUGUUGGAUGCUUGUGAAUAAUCUGAGCAGCAGCUGAUUGAGACCGCGAAAUAUAACGUUUGGGAUCUGUACGUGAGCGCGAUAUCAACGACCUUUCGAUGACGACGACGACGACCAAGCGGUAAGCGCAAUACAAGAUCGCUCGAUGAUCUCGUCAUCCAUCCAUAGUCUUUGUGCCCGAAUCAGGAGGAAGCAGGUUUAACCUGAUCUGUUUCAUUGGGGGUACGUAUUUUUUUUCUGUGUAAUGGUGCGAAGAUCAUACUCUUAGUGCUACGACUCUUGAUCUUGAGCUCUGGUACUUGAACCAACUGGAUCGUGAAAUUACUAUCCAAAAUCGACUGUGUACAACGUUUCUGGGUUGUGACUACCAGCUAGUAGUACAUGGUGUGCUUUCCUAUACCGCAACGCCACUAGUAGUACAAGUGUUCCGAAUGUAAACACAAGUGUUUUGAUACACCCCAAGUGAAGGUCUUUCCUCCAUGAUCGAAGUCGUGAUAACGAGAUCAGUAGUGCGGGAUCUAAUCCAAUGUGGUAGCCCAAAAAGUUGACGUGAAGUGAUUUGUUUGUGUUUAUGAAUGAAAGCGCCAUAAAUUGCACACAGUAGGCGCUCGGGGAAGUGAUCGUAUAUUGAAAGAUAGUUAUCAGUAGGCCAGUAGCUUGACUCGGGGCAAGAAACGGCUGCAUCCUGCUGUCCUCAUUGUUGUCACUGGUUCGUCGUAACCUACUUGGAUUAUCAGCGUUCAUCGAAACGAACUACAGUAAAAAAAAGUUCAAACGCGACCCAGGAGAGAGUUUCCGUGUCUUGAGAUUGACAGCACCGCGAGUGCUUCCAAAAUACCAAAAGUGAUGAGUCUUCGCUUCACCUCACGGAACGCCGCAGUUGAGGAGGAUUUUAUUUCUUGCUGGCUGGAAUAGUUUGAUGACGACCGAAGUGUGGCGCGAAGUGGAAGUGAAAAUUGAACUACCCAAAACAUGGCCCCAUUUCAAUUCGCUCGAACGAGUGAGUGAUUAGCAAAAAGUAGCAGCAUGUUACCCACUAUCUAUCACCUACGCUGCCUACAAUAUUGUUAAGGUGCCACAUUUAACACCCGGGAAAGUAAACCGUGGAAAAACAACAACAUGGAAGCACCAUCAAAGGCCUUUGAUUCCGGCCGGGAGCCAAUCGAUGGCCUCGGCCACUUUUGUACCCUGCGGAAAAACAACGCCCGAACGAUUGAUGGUGAAAAUUCAACCCAAGGCGCUAAUGAUCGCCAUCACGUGGUACGUGGCGACCGUGAUAAUUUGACCAAGGCUGCCGGUAACUUUUAUUGUACCCUUCGAGGUGGAGGAUCACAGCAGUCGCCAGCCGGAAGCUUUCGAGAAUCGGACGUCGAUGAAAAAAUGGGAAACUCCAUCGGGAAACAUUCGGGUGCAAGUUUCUAUGAAAAUGGCAGCGAUGGCGAGGAUCGGGCCGAGUUGAAUCGAAAUUUGCUGUACGAGGAAAACAUGUCCACGUUCGAAAGUUUUUGCGAAAAAAGUGCACUCGAGGGAGGGAAUAAUUUCGGUGAGGAAGAUUCCCAAGGUGGAGCUUCAGGUGUUGUUGGGGCUGAAGGUAUCGAAAAUUUCUGCACUCUUCGAAGGAAGCGAUCGCAGCAGAAGGAAAAAGUGAAUAGUGUACGGUGCGAUUCUAAUGGUGAAAUUCAAGAAACGUCACUUGUUGAUCCUAAGCCGAAUAAUGUGGGGAAUUAUUGCACGUUGAAGAAGAAAAAAUUGCAACUCAAUCAGCGCUUUGUGGAGAGUUUUCUCGAAGAUCCGCACGCCAAGUUGCACGAUUAUCUGUCCGAAUUGGAUGCCUACUUGGAUGAAAUUGAUGGGUUGGAUUCCUUUGGGAACAGUAGUGAAGAUGAGGGAAAAAUUGAGGACGAAGAAGAAAAAAUCGAAGCUAGCCAUGGUGAAAAUGAAGCUGUCAGUGAUAAAGAAGUGAAAAUCAGCGAAAACGUGCAAGACCCAGCAGCACCCCCGAUCAGCUAUUCGGAUAUCAAGCAUUUCUGCACCCUGCCCAAGAGGAAGCGGGUGCAGUUUCUUAACAGUGCUCGAUUCGGAGAUCGAACGAGUCCCCUGAGGCGUACCUUCUUCGUGACGACGACCAGCAAUAGUAAGCCAAUCAGGAUUACCGAAACGUCGCCGUCAGAUCAAUCAGUAGCAGUAGCAAAUGCCGCUGCCGACGCUGACGCCGAUCGCCGACGUCGUGACUCACUGCUAGAAGCAGCAGGCGCUGGAUUGAUAUUUGCGCAGCCAGCUGAUGAGGCGCAUGGGAAUGGGACUUCAGAUUUCGUCGUUACAGAACCUACCUCAACCUCGAUCACUGCCUCGGACAGCCGUCGUACGGCGGAACGACCCCGCCGGGCAUCGAAUUGGUUGCGCAAUUCUAUGCGCAAGGUUCGCCCAAUUCAAAUACCGGACCAGGAUAUACCGGCUUCACCAUCUCCACCCCCGCCCGAAGUCCGUGGCUCUUCCUCCUAUGAAGGUUCCGGCAGCGAUCUCCAGGCCUCGAACAUCACAAACAAUCACAGUAUUACUAGGAGUAGUAUUUCAGCAUCAUCACCGUCAUCUUCAACAUCACACGAAGCUCAAGCUGGUAGAGCCGAGUUCGAUUCGGCCAACAUCGAGUUCAGUUCCCUCAACUCGCUGGCCGACGAAGGCAAUGGCCACCAUCCGGAACAGGAGGCAGAGGAAGAUCACAACGAGCUCAGUUCCAUCACAACGCUCCCAAUUGGCGAGCUGCUGGAGAGAAACGAAACCAAAGAGGAUCAACGACGACCAGUUCCGAGUGCCCCACCUGCCACCACCUGUGUUCCGAUUACAGAGGACGAACUGAUACCGUAUCUCGUAUCGGCGUCACUUUGUGAGCGGGCCACUAUUCCUGCGCAGGAAACUCUUCCCACGAAUGAAAGGCCUCGGCAAACGGGCCGUCGAUCGGAACCGAGACCGCGGGUUGUCUCGAUUACGGCCGAACGAGACUCGCGAACUAAUCAGCUGAUAAUCCGGACCAACACUUCCGGCUCAUCGCCGAUACCAUCCGGCGGAAUUUCCCCGAGAGCUCCGAGUGCUCCAGUGAUCAGCGAUCUAGAGCAGCGUCAUCACCAUUACAGUAGUGGUGCUAGUAGCAAUCAUCAUCAGCAGCAGCACCUCAACAAUAGUCGUCACCAGGAGCGGCGCCAUCAGUACGUAGGCAUGGGAAUGGGAUCGGAAACCAGUUCGAUUGGAUCCUCGCGGAAUCCGAGUCCGGUAUCGCUGCUCUCGACAACCACGUACAGCUCGAUGGCGUCCGGCGUCGAAACGGAAGGGUCCCGUUCGAGGCCGGACGACGAUGAUGGUCGUGAUGCGGCCACGAGGAGCCCAUCGUCGACGGUAGCCGCGGAGUCUCAAACGAAUGGCGGAACGACCGCAACGAUUCCGAGUGGAACCGAUACUAGCACUACCACAACAAUAACAAAUGACCCUGGACUGGAUUCCGACGAGCUGUCCGAUGAAUCCGACGAGUACGAACCGGAAAUCGACCUCAACGGGCGGCCGAAACCGAACUGGCCCCACGUGAUGUCCCGCUCGUUGGCCGGAUGUUUCUGCACCCUGGGACUGUUCAACAUAUCGCGCUUUGCCAUUUUUAGCGUGCACUUUGGGGCCAACUUUAUCGUUCAGUUUUUGAUUUUCUCGUUCCUUUUUGGGAUUCCGAUGCUGUGGCUGCAGAUGGUUCUGGGGGCUCGCAUUCGAGGCAGCCCCAUCAACAUGUGGCGCAUCAGCCCCAUCUGCAAGGGAAUCGGCAUUUCGCUGCUCUUGGCCCAGGGCUUCAUUGCCCUGUACUCGACGAUAUCGCUGAGCUGGGUGCUGGUGUACUUCCGGGACUCGUUUGUGUCCCGCAGUGAAAAAUAUCGUUGGCAGGAAAUCUUCGAACUCUAUCGGGGAUCGGGCAAUCAAUCGUUUCGCUUGUCGGACACUGUAGCCGAUUAUUUCAACGGUGUCGUGCUGCAACGUUAUCAACUAGGCCCGGGAAGCCGAGGACUGGGUGGCAUUGGAGCGGUUCGCUUUCAGCUGGCCUUCAAUCUGGCCAUUAUUUGGACCAUCGUUUUUGUGGUCCUGUGCAAAGGCAUUCGAUCUUUCGGAAAAAUUGUCAUCGGUUUGUUUUCGUUCGCUAUGAUUGGACUGAUCGCUAUCUGUUCCAAGUUCGUGACCAUGGUGGACUUCGACAGUGUCCAGAGCAUUUUCCCUGCCACCGAGUGGCAGGAUUUUUUCCUAAACUCGCGCAGCUGGAUGAGUGCCGCCCAGGAGACGUUUCUGACCUGGGGCCUGCUGGGGGUUUCGAUAUACUCCAUCAACGGCCGGACCAAUCGGAAGGGAGCCAACAGGAAGAUUCGGCUGAGGGAACUUCGCCGGGAUGCCCUGUUUGUCACACUGCUAACCCUGAUCGGUUUAAUGCUGGCGGCAGUUUUCGGCAGCGCUUGUGUGCAGAUUCUAAACACCCGGAAAUACUACUACUUCCCGGGCUCUUAUGAAAACAUCGGCACCGAUAUCUUCCUACUGCCGUCGGAUCAACCGUUGCCCCCGCAGCACGCCACCAUGCCGACCAAGUGGCUGAUCCGCUACUCGAUGGUGCUGGGCGAAAGCUACAAGCGACCGUACGCCAACCCGCACCAGGAAAGCGGCUACCAGGUGAUCCGGCUGGUGACGGAGCUGUUCCCGUCGACGCUGGCGGCGGCCACCCAGGAACGUAUCGGUCCGAUCUGGAGCCUGAUCGGGUUCCUGACUUUGCUGCUAUUCGGACUGGGUCAGCUGUGCGCGAUGUGGAAACCGAUUGCCGAGGCCGUUGGCGAUUCGCCAUCGUCGGUGGUGCUGAGCUGUGUCACCGGACUGUUUAUGGGUAUUCCCUUGGCCACCGAGAGUGGAAUCACCAUCAUACACUAUCUGGACUCAUUGCUCGGCGGUGCCUGGUGGCUUCUGGUGCUCUGGAUUGGCCACAUUUUGGCAAUCUUCCUGGUCCGAGGAAGACCGUUCACUAGUGACCUUCUGGCGGAUGAUCUGCGAAUGACGGGCACUUUGUCGGCUUUCAUUGCCUUUGCCUGGAACUUCCUACUCCCGAUCGGUCUGAUAUUUCUGUGCAUCCUGGAGUAUCGGGUCUCGAAUGCGAACAGUUUGUUCAACUGGCGCCACGGAGGCUACUGGCCAUUAUGGGCUCGCCAAAUCGGCGGCUUCAUUCAACUGUCCUUCCUGCUGCUUGUCCCCAUCGUUUCCGUCGUACAAAUCUACCGGUACCUGUUCAGCGGCCCUCCGGACAUCCUUCAGCGUUUCGAUAACCUGUUGAGACCAUCGAUCGGACUCAACGGCACGACGAGCAGAAGCCGACGCACUUCUAGCAUGGAUUUCCCGCAACGUGUGGGCCCGCCGGGCAACUUCGGGCGUUCGGUCAAUUCGGGCUCGACGAUGAUUUCGCUGCCGAUUACUGGUGCUGGUGCCACGAUCGUAGCCGGACGUGGUGGUUCGGUGCCACUGGACGAUGCGCCACCCAAGUAUACGCCGCCACCUUCCUACACCACGGCAACCGGGGCGCGUAUCGCCAAAAUGUUACGCAACAGCAUCCGACGCAGCGUCCGAAGAAUAAUGGGCGAACCAAGUAACAAUCGCCAAAGGGGUGCCAUUCCUCACCAGCAGCAGUACCCGACGGAGUCCCAAACGGCGACAACGACAUCGGUCAAUCCCACGGGUGACGAACUACCCCCGCCGGACUACUCAACCGUUCAAAUUGACCGUUACACGCCAUCCGGCGGCGUGGAAAUGGGACCCCGUAUUUUGUACAACAGUGAAACUUUGAGCAGCCGCCGGGGUCGAGGGCAUCGUUCCCUGACCCAAUCGACUGGCCAAAAUCCUACCAGCAGCCUAACGGCAACGGACGUGCUGCAGAUUCUUCGUCCGGCUACGACGACGCUAUCCGUUCCACCGACGCCCACCAACCUAAACCGUUCUCCUUCUUUUGCCCUUGGAACAACCACGGCAGCCAUCGGAUACGGUAACGUGGAUCUGGUCGUUCGAGACGCCCUCAACAGACGCCAUUCGAUGAGGGGAUCGGUGGAAAAUCUGGUACUGGGAGCGGCUCCGCUAGGAGAUUCCAGUAUAAUUACGUUGGCCCUCGAUGAGGACGAACAUUGCCGUCAUGGUCGAUCACGUGGAACCGAUUCUGUGAUAUAGGGGAGAAGAACCGAAAACGGAACAAGCCGAACUUAUCUCUCGGCUACGCAAAGGAUGCAAACGAAACGCUUUGUUCACACUUUGAAGAUUAUCAUUAUUAUUACUACCUACUCCAAACUAGGUUCACUCUUAAAUAAGUAUUUGACUCCCUUCGCUAUAGGAAGAGUAGCGCGCACAUUUCAGAAUUAGUUUAGCUAUUUAACUUGCACCUUAUAACCAGACAAGGCGAAACACAGUCUAGCAUGUUCCAGUUUUUUUUCUCUCGGAAAUGUGGAUCGUCACACUAGGAAAGUAUCUGACUACAUAUACACUUUCUUCCGGUUUUAAGGAAACCAUUCCGAGUAAAAAGUUUCAGGAGGAUUUCUCCGAGAUUAUUAUGUUAUUUAUUAGUGCUAACCGAUACACAACUGAUGAUGGUUGUCCGUCCAUUCAAAUAGAGUCUAUACAUAUUUGACCGUAAGAUGAAUAAAGAUCUGU